AUGAUAUAUCUACAUAGUCUGAAUAUAUUUUAAAUUAUUCUUCUUCUGGAUUUUGUUGAAUUUUUUCUACGAAAUUUGGUACUUUUUUUGAUAACAGAGUAUUAUUAUUUAAUUAUUUAAUUUUUUUAUUUUCUCUUCCAAAUACAAUAGUAAUGUUUUGAAGUUUAUAUCAAGGUAAAUCAAUAGAGGCUUAUAUGCUCUAGCUCUCCUACCAACUAAAUUCUUCACCCAGCUCAAUUAGCUGAUACCACAUUAUUUUAGUCAGGAGUCUCUUCUGAAAGUUUAAGGGAGUUCGAUAUUUUGAUUUAAAAAAGCCACUUCCUCUAUCAAGUAAAUCGAAAGAAAAAUCUAGCUUUCUUAUACUCACUUUCUAAUUUGAAGCAAGACUUUUAUUAAUUUGAGUCCAAAGAAUUUCUACUAGAAAUUAAUUUAAAUUGA